AUGAACUUCAUCACCACUAAGUAUGACUACGCGCUUGACCUGCUCGAAGAUAUUGUCAAGGCAGACCACCCUCUUCCGACAGAUUUGGUCAUAUGCUCGACUCGGGAGGACUUUCAUGACCAACUCCUGACCCAGCUAGCCCGACACCAUGAUGAGCUGAGGCCCUCGGCCACCAGUCCUGCUCAGGACGAGAGCAACGGCGAGGCUGACGACGUGUCCCCCACAGGACGCAGCCAUCCGCUUCUGGCACCGACACUGCAAGUGUUGAGCGCCAGCCGGUUCUGCAGCCUGCGCUUCUGUCCAACCACCACUGUACUCCGAGGGUAUCUCGCCAGCUACUACCUCCAAACAGUCUCGAAAUCAUCAGCGCCGACUUCCUCCUUUGAGGGCCGAGUAGUGAUUCUGAACCUGCUGGCACUACACCACGGAACCUCCGAAUUUACUUUGCAAGGGCUAUCACAAACCCUUGCCACUGCGGUCUCUGCGGCGCACGGGGCGAAACGGCAACUUGAACUUGUCGAGUGCCGGGAUAUUCACGACCCUUCAAACCCCAGCCGUGGGCCAGCCUUGUGGCAAGCCGACGUCCAGCUGCUCAGCGGAGCAGUCAAGAUAGGAGAGGGAGGUGCCAGCUGGGGCCGACGGUCUAUUUCCGUCAUGAUGAUCGCAUCUCGAUGGUUCCAGAUCCGACACCCGGGUCGAGAAGACAAGGAGGACCGGUCAGGGUCACUGUUCGACAAAGGGGCGGCGACGGAAGAUGAAAUGCUUGUUUGA